CAAAAACUUAGUGGCCUCUUGGGUUUCGUUGGCUUCUUCCGUUUAUUUAUCUUCUUUUUACCUAUUUAUUACCAUCUAUCCGGUUACCUGUCAACCUUCGUUUUCGAUUGCCGUAAACGCACAUACAACCCACGUACAAAAACCCACCAUCAUCUUCAGUUAUCGUCGCCAUGUCCGGAUUUAACAUCGCCACACCUGCUAUGGCAACCCCCGCUGUACAAACCCCUUCUGUUCCUACCCCCCAUCACAAUUCCACACCAUUUGCUUUGCCAUCGACACCUGCACCACUCGAUGUCCCCACACCUAGCAGGGAUCAAAAUCCCUACGCUGUGGCGGGCAUCACACCCACCUUGCAAAAUAUUGUCGCAACGGUUAAUUUGGAUUGUCGGCUGGAUCUGAAGACCAUUGCGCUUCAUGCUCGUAAUGCCGAGUACAACCCAAAGCGUUUCGCUGCUGUGAUCAUGCGUAUUCGUGAUCCAAAGACGACUGCUCUGAUCUUUGCUUCGGGUAAAAUGGUGGUGACGGGUGCAAAGUCAGAGGACGAUUCCAAGUUGGCUGCUCGCAAAUAUGCUCGUAUCAUUCAGAAAUUGGGUUUCCAAGCCAAAUUCACCGACUUUAAGAUCCAAAACAUUGUGGGAUCGUGUGAUGUCAAGUUCCCCAUUCGUUUGGAAGGUCUUGCUUACUCUCACGGACAUUUCAGUUCUUAUGAGCCUGAAUUGUUUCCUGGUCUCAUUUAUCGCAUGGUUAAGCCCAAAAUCGUGCUGCUGAUCUUUGUCUCUGGCAAAAUCGUCUUGACCGGUGCCAAAGUUCGAGAGGAGAUCUAUCAGGCCUUCCAAGCCAUAUAUCCCGUACUCACCGAAUUCCGAAAGCCCUAAACUCCAUUUUAUUCCACCUCAUCUUCAUAUUCUCUUCGACAGACCCUUUUUUUUUUCUCUUUUAUGGAGAGGAAAAAGGUAGGUUUCCAUCUUUGUCCAUUUUCAACGAAAUCCGUAUACGCGAAAAAAAAAAACCAGAAAAACAACAAUAUCAACAAGCAACAACAACAAAAAAUUGGGAAUCAUUUCAAUGUUAACGAUUUCGCUUAAUUCAUUUCCGACUCACAUUGGCCGUCCAAUCUCCCCUAUUCUCAUCCUAUGAUGGCCUUUUUCUAUGUACAAAGAACUUUUAGUUUUCGUUUACAUUUUCUAUUAUUUCCCCCCCCAAACACUUGUGUAAUAUAUAAAACAAUGCAUUUAGCCCUUCUUUGUGGUCUUUAAAAAAAUCAACAAAUUGACAACCAUUAUAUAAAGACAUUGACUGUUCUAUCCAUU